GCCUCCCUCUGAGGUCCUCAUGUGGACAAAGUGACAGUGCGCGUGACCCCUAGCACAGUGCCUGGCACGAUGCGCUGCCUGACCACGCCCAUGCUGCUUCGGGCCCUGGCCCAGGCCUCACGUGCAGGGCAUCCCAGUGGCCGGAGCCUCCACAGAAGCGCAGUGGCAGCCACCUACAAAUAUGUGAACAUGCGGGAGCCCUCAAUGGACAUGAAGUCGGUGACCGACCGGGCAGCUCAGACCCUGCUGUGGACCGAGCUCAUCCGAGGCCUGGGCAUGACCCUGAGCUACCUGUUCCGAGAGCCAGCCACCAUCAACUACCCAUUUGAGAAGGGCCCACUGAGCCCGCGCUUCCGCGGCGAGCAUGCGCUGCGCCGGUACCCGUCCGGGGAGGAGCGCUGCAUCGCCUGCAAGCUCUGCGAGGCCGUCUGCCCAGCCCAGGCCAUCACCAUUGAGGCUGAGCCUCGGGCCGAUGGCAGCCGCCGGACCACACGCUACGACAUCGACAUGACCAAGUGUAUCUACUGCGGCUUCUGCCAGGAGGCCUGCCCUGUGGACGCCAUCGUUGAGGGCCCCAACUUCGAGUUCUCCACGGAGACGCACGAGGAGCUGCUCUACAACAAGGAGAAGCUGCUGAACAACGGGGACAAGUGGGAGGCCGAGAUCGCCGCCAACAUCCAGGCCGACUACCUCUACCGGUGACCAGCCCGCCGGCUGGCCCCUCGAGGUCCCCUUCUGCCCAAUAAAAAAGCUCUGACCUCCC